GUGAGUCUCGCGGCUGAGGCGUGAGGAUGGCGUUCCGUGGGAAGAGACCGGAGCACGGCGGGCCCCCGGAGCUGUUUUAUGACAAGAAUGAAGCCCGGAAAUACGUGCGCAACUCACGGAUGAUUGAUGUCCAGACCAAGAUGGCUGGGCGCGCAUUGGAGCUCCUUUGUCUGCCUGAGGGUCAGCCCUGUUACCUGUUGGAUAUUGGAUGUGGUUCUGGGCUGAGUGGAGAUUAUCUCUCGGAUGAGGGGCACUAUUGGGUGGGCAUCGACAUCAGCCCUGCCAUGCUGGAUGCGGCCUUGGACCGAGACACUGAGGGAGACUUGCUUCUGGGGGACAUGGGCCAGGGCAUUCCCUUCAAACCAGGCACCUUUGAUGGUUGUAUCAGCAUUUCUGCUGUCCAGUGGCUCUGUAAUGCAAAUAAGAAGUCUGACAUCCCUGCCAAGCGCCUAUACUGCUUUUUUUCUUCUCUUUACUCUGUGCUGGUCCGUGGAGCCCGGGCUGUCCUGCAGCUGUAUCCUGAGAACUCUGAGCAGUUGGAGCUGAUCACGAUCCAGGCCACCAAGGCUGGCUUCACUGGUGGCGUGGUGGUGGAUUUCCCCAACAGCGCCAAGGCAAAGAAGUUCUACCUCUGUUUGUUUUCUGGGCCUUCGACCUUUCUGCCAAAGGCCCUGACCGAAACUACUGAUGAAGAGGAGGCCACGGAGUCUGCGUUCACGAGUGAGAGGAUCCAGCGCAGGAUGGCGAGGCGCGGGGUGGUGAGGAAGAGCCGUGAGUGGGUGCUGGAGAAGAAGGAGCGCCGUAGGCGGCAGGGCAAGGAGGUCAGACCCGACACCCAGUACACCGGCCGCAAGCGCAAGCCCCGCUUCUAAGCCGUUCGCUCCACGUAACCGGGCAGCUCGGGUCUGCACAGUUGCAAGCGGGCAGUUUUCUCUGUCGAAGUGCCUACUUGCAUCCGCUGACAAAACAUUGUUUUAGAAAUGUUUUCAAGUUCUAACCGUUUUUCUUUACUAACAAAAGUUCUAAAAGCAUCUUAUUUUGUU